UCUGCCUGCCGGAAGAGAAGCUUUACAAGACUUUCUGACCCAGGAGGACAUGCUAAAGAUAAAAUCUUCAAUUAUUUAUAUCGAGGUUUUGGCUAUCUGGUCAUUCUCAUGAUAUGUGUAUCCAUGAGCAUUUGUUGCGAGUUAGCACGAUAUAGCUAACAUUAGCUAAGAAUAGUUUCUGGCAACCAAGCUGUGGAGAUCAUCUGAGGAUGCUGUGGCUUUAGAAAGGAUUCAGAAAAAAACAAUGAGAACAAGCCCCUCUUCACCUCCGUUGCAUGUGCACGUGUCAGACAACACACCUGUGCAUGUCCAUGUGAAGAAGACUCAGAAGACCAGUUCACCCAAGAAGCAGACAAAGAAAAAGAUGGAUUCUGAUGGUUUGCGUCCAACGGCCAAGGUGAAGACAAGGGUGCCAUGGAUACCCCCUGGCAAGGCCUCCACUCGAGUGCCCUCGUUCAAGUGGGAGGGGCCUACACACCAGCUGGAGAUCACCCCUAUUGGUGACCGUGAGCCUUCCCCUGCAGCGCUACGCCUGGAGGACCUGUCCACCGACGAGGAGGAGGUUCUGCACGGGCGCAUCAGCCAGUACGAAAAGAAGAUCGAUAGCUUGAUGACGGAGGUCAGCUCACUCAAGAGUGAGGUGGAGUUGCGCAGAAAGGAGCAGCUCUUAGAACGUCAAUCUGAGAGACUCAGUGUUUCCCAGCGGGUUAUCGCUGAGCAGGAAGAGGAAUUGGCUGAAGUCACCAAAGAGCUGGAGGUCACUGAGUUUGAGAAUUCCCGCCUCCGGGAGUCUAUGGAGAAGAUACUGGAGGAGUCAGACUUUAGCAGGCUGGAGAAGGAGAGCCUGCUGCAGGAGAAGGACCUGCUCCUCAAGAAGCUGCUGGAGGCCGAGCUGGACGGCACAGCGGCAUCCAAGCAGGUGUCCGCACUCAGGGAGACGGUCAGCCGCAUGUCCCGCAGCACCAGCGUAUGUGGGGAUAAGAGGCUGUCAGGGUCUGACUCCUCACUCCUGGCUAAGCAGAAGGAUCUGCUCCUGCAGAAGCUGGAGACGUUUGAAGGCACCAACCGGACACUUCGCCACCUCCUGAGGGAGCAGCAUGGGCGCGAGAUAGACUCACUACGUUUAAUGGAACAAAAAGAUUCUUUACUGAAGAAGCUAACAGACAUAGAGGCAGAAAAUGCGCAACUUCGAGUUAAACUUCAGGACAAAGAAAAGGAACUGGAACAACUCGCAUCACUCUUGGAAAAUGAGAAGGAGAAUGCCAAAACCACAAGUGAGUUGUCUAAAGUCCUGGAGUCCACACGGGCACACCUGCAGGGACAAUUACGGAGCAAAGAGGCUGAUAAUAACCGACUGAGUGUACAGAUUAAGAACCUGGAGCGGACAGCCAGUCAGCAGCAGGGCGAGAUGGACCACCUGCAGGCGCAGCUGCGCGGCCUGAGGGAGCGGGCCGACGACGACAAGGAGGCCCUGAAGCGGGCCACACGGGCGCAGAAGCACCGGGCAGAGCGCAGCGAGGACGCCGCCGGACAGCUGGGUGCCAAGCUGAUGGAGAUCGAGGCUCAGCUGGCUGAUGCCGUGUCUGCGGCUGAGAACUGGAGCAACCGCCACGCCAAGGAGGUGAAGGUCAAGAGCCAGAUGGAGACCGAGAUCUCCGUCCUAAACCGGCGAAUAACAGAUCUCACAGAGCAGCUGCAGCAUGUGGAGGAGAAGUCGCGAGCGGAGAGGGAAGGGCUUCUGGACCGUCUUCAUGGGCUCACCACAGAUAGCACUUCCGCCAGACUGGAGAACCAGAGUCUGAAGGCCACUCUGAACACGCUGGAGGAGAAGCUGUCGCUGUCCCAAUCUGAGGUGCAGCAGGUGAAGAGCUCUGUGAAGCAGUACGAGAGUCUGGUGGACAGCUACAAGACCCAGCUGCAGAAGGCCCGGGCGGAGGCGGACGACUACAGCCUGCGCCUGGAGAAGGCGGAGCGGGAGGCGCGGGCGGUGCGCGAGGAGCUGGACCGGGAGAUCGAGCAGGUGAAGAAGGGCCUGCUGGAGCGCCUGGCGGAGCUGGAGCCACUACCCGAGGCCCUGAGGCGCUCGGAGCUGCAACUGCAGGAGGCCCAGGACCACGAGAGGGCCCAGGACAGGAAGACCAGCGAGCUGACCAACGCCCUCGCAGAGCUGCGCAUGAAGCUGGAGCAGCAGGCCAGUCAGCUGGACAUGGUGCGGCACAAGAACAUGGUGCUGCUGGAGGAGAACAAACAGCUGCAGCACAGGGUGGAGGCCCUGGACCGCAAGCUUGAGGAGUCCCUAGCCCAGAACCGGGAGCUGAUGCAAGUGAUCUCCAAGCGGGAGGAGACCAUCCAUACCAAUCAGGUCCGUUUGGAAGAGAAGUCCAGGGAAUGCACUGUCCUGACCCGCCAGUUAGAGGAAGCCCUAGAGGACGCUCGGAAGCAGGUAACCCAGACCAGAGAGCGGGCUGUGUCUAAAGAGAGGUCAACCCAGUCCAAGGUUCUGGACCUGGAGACCCAGCUGAGCAGAACUACCACGGAGCUGAGUCAGCUUCGGCGGACCAAAGAGGAGGCUGAGAGGCGAUACCAGAGCAGGCUCCAGGAUGUGAAGGAUCGUCUGGAGCAGUCAGACAGUACUAAUCGCAGCCUGCAAAAUUACGUUCAGUUUCUAAAAGCCUCUUACGCCAGUGUGUUUGGUGACUCAGCACUCACUAGCUCAUUCCGCCCUCCCUCCCCUCUCUGAGAAAGAUGUCUGGGGAAGGGGUACUCAGACACUUACAGUUUACCAUAAUGCCGACAUGAAUGCAAACAGACACACGUCCCAGGGCAUGUCCUGGGUACGAAUGCCUCCAGGACGUUUUUGAGAUUCAGGUUCCUUGUGUCAACUAAAACUUUGUUUACUAGAUGUGCUAACCCAAAGGUUGAUAUGAUAACCUUAUUCACAUAUCUUCUUGAAGCAAGAGUGGGUCGAUUUUGGGGCUGUGGCCAAGUCAUAUCUCUGUACUUUCUUCAUGAAUGACUAUAUUAAUGGUAACAUUUAAGAAAAUGAGGGUGCUAUUUGAAAUGCAAACUUGAAACAUUUCGGUUUGAUCUCUGAACCAUGGGUGUCUUGUUUGGUCUCGGACCCCCUGAGUCCAGUGUGCUGUACUUGUAGUUCCUUCCUGUGAACUACAUCAGUUGAAACAAGUCCAUUCUGUAUUGGUUUUACAUGUGUUACUCAUAUAAUCUGUUAUAGUUGCCUACAACUUGUAUUGUGCCCAUAUAUACCACUCAUUUCUCUAUAAGUAAAUACUACACAUUCUAUAUACUCCUAACAGUAUUUCACAAGCUCAGUUAUAACCUUGUGAUUUUAGCAUUACCUUUGUCAUUAUGCUAUUCAAUUCUUUAGUGCCUCUGCUGAAGAAUUCCUUCAUGGGUGCUACCUGUUUUUAUAUAUUAUAUAUAUUUGUGUGUGUGUGUGAUACAAACAAACCUAACACAUCAGUCAACCUUUCCAUGUUUAAGUAUGUCUGCACCUUUGCUGUCAUUAGUUUGUUUUUUGUCUAAUUGUCCAUGAUGUAAAUUGUGAAUAAUUUAUCUCCAGAUGAUAUAACAGUCUGUGAAAAUAAUGCAAUAGCAAAUUGUAUUUUUAUGAUAAAAGUAUAGUAUGAUAAAUGUUUUAUA